UCCGGAGAUGGAGUCGUGUCGGCGGACAGGACUCAGCGGGGUCCUGUGCUCCCUGUCUCUGCUGUGUGUCAUCCUGGACAUCCAGCUGGACGGUGUCUUAGGGGCGACUCAUGUCGAGAUCGAGCACCACUUGGAGAUGGGCCGCAAACUUUUGGCUGCAGGUCAGCUGGCCGAGGCCUUGUCCCACUACCACUCUGCUGUGGAGGGCGACUCUAAGAACUACUUGACCUACUACAAGCGAGCCGCCGUGUUCCUGGCGAUGGGAAAAUCCAAAUCUGCCCUGCCAGACCUGACCAGAGCCAUCCAGCUCAAGCCCGACUUCCUGUGCUGCAAGUUGCAGAGAGGGAACAUCCUGUUAAAGCAGGGCAACACACAGGAGGCCAGGGAGGACUUUGAAGCCGUGCUGCAGCGCUCCCCAGACCACGAAGAAGCUCAGGACCAGCUGAUGAAAGCGAACGAGCUGGAGGAGCUGCAGGAGGACGCUCAUGCUGCGUACCACCAAGGAGACUACGGCGCCACCAUCAGCGUGCUGGAGAGAGUCAUUGAGAUCUCUCCGUGGGAUCCGGAGUCGCGGGAGCUUCGUGCAGAAUGCUACAUCCGGAUGGGGGAUCCACAGAAAGCCAUCCAGGAUCUGACGCCAACCACGAGGCUACGCAACGACAACCGCGCCGCCUUCCUGAAGCUCAGCUUGCUGCACUACAGCCUCGGAGAUCACCACGAGUCGCUCAAUCACAUCCGAGAGUGUCUGAAGCUGGAUCAGGACGACAAAGAGUGUUUCAGCCACUACAAACAGGUGAAGAAGCUCAGCAAGCAGCUGGACGCUGCAGAGGAGCUCAUUCAGCAGGAGAGGUACGAGGAAGCCAUCGAUAAAUACGAAUCAGUGAUGAAGACGGAGCCUAAUGUCCCACAUUACACCAACCUGGCCAAAGAGAGGAUCUGCUUCUGCCUUGUCAAGAUAAACUUGGCUCAGGAGGCCAUAGACGUGUGUUCAGAGGCUCACCAGAGAGACCCCCGCAACGCCAACGUCCUCCGAGACCGAGCCGAGGCUUACAUCCUCAACCAGGAGUACGAGAAAGCUGUGGAGGACUAUCUGGAGGCGAAAGAGUUUGACGGCGAAGGCGACCGCAUCGAUCUGAAGGAAGGGCUGGAGCGAGCGCAGAAACUGCUCAAAAUCUCUCGUAAGAGGGAUUACUACAAGAUCCUCGGUGUCGGCAGGAAUGCAAACAAGCAGGAGAUCAUCAAGGCAUACAGGAAGCUGGCGCAGCAGUGGCACCCCGACAACUUCCAGUCGGAGGCCGAGAAGAAAGAAGCGGAGAAGAAGUUCAUCGACAUCGCGUCCGCCAAAGAGGUCCUCACGGACCCGGAAAUGCGGCAGAAGUUUGACGCCGGCGAGGAUCCCCUGGACCCUGAAAACCAGCAAGGCGGCGGCGGCGGAGGAGGGCAGGGCUGGCCGUAUCACUUUAACCCGUUUGAGUCCGGCGGCAGUUUCCACUUCAAGUUCCACCACAACUAGAAGACGACUUCACGAACACGAGGUGGGCUUUUGGGGACUUUUGAUCUAUGACAGAUUUUUUUGGAGAAGUCUUCCUCAGAGCGUCAGCUUGGACACGGUUUUGUCGGUUACUUGAACCUUUUGAUUUUUAAAGCAGCGGGGAUUUGAGCUGUACAGUUUAAAGAAACUCAGACUUCUAGCCACUAAAACUGAGGAUUUAAUCGUGGCUGCUGGUGAAUGAACUCGUCGUCGGGUUGAAGAAAAUGAAGUCUUGUGUCCGCGCUUGAAUGGAAAGGUGGUGGUUGAACGCAGUCGAUGCGGGCGUCUGCUCUUAUUAGUCAUUUCUUUCUUUGUGCCAUUCUUUGAAGCUUUUGUCAAAGGACCUUUUUUUUAAUGCAGUAGCUUCUCGGACAGGAGGACCGUCAGCGUGUUGCUUUCUGCUCGCAGUUUUCUGUUUACUGAUCUCUAUAUUUUUGACCAUGUCAAACCUUCUCUAGAGAUUUUGAUACAUCACGACGUCCGCACGCAUUUUGUUGAGCUCUUACAUUAACGGUAAGUAGGUGAGACUUCAGCACUAUUAAAGGAAACUUUUGGGUGUUAAAGUUUUGAAAUCCUAUGGAUCUGAAAUCAGUGCCACUCCGUGUUUGUUUAAA